AACAGCAUCGACUCGGAUUUGUCAGUUGACUGUUGAGCGAGCGCCGAUCGCACGGGGACUUAGCCGCGGAUUAUAACCAGCUACUUCUUCGCCCGGAUAAGUGUGUGCUCGGCCAGCGCGGCCAGCCCGUCAGACAGUCCUCUCCCCUUCAUCAUGAAGUCCCUAAUCGCCAGUUGUCUAAUAGCCGGCGCGGCCUUCCUCGCCACAGUAUACUGUGACGACGCCGCCUCUUCCAACGCCGCGGCACCGCAGGCCCGGCAGGGAUACGGCGGCUCCACCGGUGGUGGUUCCUACGGCAACAGCGCCUCCUCCGGCUCCAACUACGCGUCCAGCGGCGCCGGCGGUUAUGGCGGCAGCACGGGCAGCAGCGGCGGCGGCUACGGCGAUCUGUUCAGCUUCCCCUUCGGUUAUUCCAGCGGUUAUGGCUACGGCUACCGCAGGUACAUCCCCGUGCCCUGGUGGAUCUGGUACCCCAGCAGCUUCGGCUACAACAAGGGUUUCGGCUUUGGCAUGAACGCCGGCGGAUUGGGCGGUGGUCUUGGCGGUGGUGGCGGUGGAUACGGAGGCGGUGGAUACGGAGGCAACGGAGGAGGAUACGGAGGAUAACGUGGUGUUGCAGGUGGCAACGGAUACUAAAUCCAGCCAGCGCCGGCUUCAUCCUACUAACCGCUACACUGACCCUUUAACCGGACCGGCAUCCCCCCUUCCGCGGUAUCUCCUCCUCUCGUCGAGCGGCGUCUGUGGCGGGUCCACACGUAUGCGCCUCUUCAUUGCUUCUUCCUCUGUGUGUUGUUGUUCGGGCCUGCUUGCGUAGCAGCUGUUGUUAUUCCUUUCACUAAUUAGUAAACCAGUUAAUCACCUACCCGGUAUCCCUGACUGCACGCGCAGUAUGUGCUCAAUGUGGACGCGACUAAGACUAACUGAAUAAUUUAAUUUACAGUUUGGCUUUCUGUGUUGUUUCGUGGCGUGCACUGUAUAAUGUAGACGCUGAGUGGCCAGUCUCGCGGCAGUCGCAGGGAGCUGUGCUCCUCAGGUGCCUCCCGUGAGUGUACAGGAACCCAAUAAAAUCACCUGACAAACUG